UAGAAGCAAUGGCAUUGGCAGGAAUGUAGUAGGAGAUUCCCCAAUUCCCCAAUUCCCCAAUUCCCACGUUCCCAUCCCAUCUCUCCUUCUUCUCUCCACGAUUUCAUCAUAUAUUCAUGGCUUCCCAUCUCUGAACCACCACCACUCUCCUCUUCCAUUCUCCCUUUCUCAUGUCUCGCAGACCCCUAGAUUCCCGCCAUUCAAUUGACUCCUGUACUCUCAAAUUCCAUGGUUGGACCCCUUUCCAUCUCCCCAAAACCCUAGAUUCCGACCCCCAUAAUACCUCUGCUCCCACUAACUCUAAACCCUACUACUCUUCUACUCCCCUCCAUACCAAACGCCCUUGUCUCUCCGAUCGCACUACCUCUUUCAAUGUCGACGCCAUUGACAUGUCCGCCCUCAGUUUGAUUGACGACGACAAGCCUUCUAUUCCUCCUGCCCGUAGCUUCCGAUUGAUUGCUAGGAAGCGACGUCGGCGUGGUUCUAGGUCUGUUUCUGGCCGGAGUAGUGAUCGAAGUGGGACUAGACGGUGUUGCUCCGUUGGGGCUUCCGCGGCUCAUGGGACUUGCUCGGAUUUUCCUAUUGCGGUUGGGACUGAUUCGAGUGGAGAGUUGUUUGUUAAUGGGGAUGCCAAUUGGUCUUCGGAUGUGAGUGAAGCUAAGAAUUCGAGGAGGGAGAGAGAGGAGAAGGAUCAUUUGGGUUCUGGGUUUGUUUCGUCUAAUGGUGGUUUUGAUGCUCAGGGGAAUGAGUCUGGAUAUGGUAGUGAGCCUGGUUAUCGUGGUGAUGGUGAAUUUGGAUAUGGUGAUGAGAUCGAUGAGGAGGAUGAGGAUGCUAGAUUGCUGUUGUGGGGUGAACGACUUGGAGAUUCCAGAAUGGAAAUCGUAGGAGAGAACACAUUUGCAGAUCAGAAAUCGCACCAUAGAUGUCGCCGUAAGAAGCACGAAUGUAGAAUGGUUGAUGCCCUGAGGUGAAGCAAGACAUCGAAGCCGAGCAACAAACACUGUGAAUACUAUGGGCCGUACCUGCUGGCAUAUGCUUCUGAGACCUAAAAUUUUGAACUGCAAAGUAAAGGUUCCACACUUUUGAGAGUCUGCUUAGAUUGGAGUUUACAGAAUGGAGAUUUUUCUUCAUAUUUUUUGGUGGAUAGGAUAGAUCUAUGGCUGCUAUGAAAUUUAGAACACCGUCAUUGUUGCAUCUAUGGCGAAGAAAACAUAAUCUCGAUUGCCAAAUCAUCUUUGAUAUUUUCUCAGCUUAAGAAGUAAACUCUUUUGUAUCUGUCUUGAAAAAAAAAGGCUUGAGUUAUUCUCGAGUCAACUUAGUAAAUACAACUUUUGACUCCUGAUUCUAUUUCAA